CGGCUCACUCUCCUGCCACUGAUCCUGUUCGUUCUCUCUGCUGCCGCAAUUUUAUCCUCCUUUCUGCAUUCCAUCUCUGUCUCCUUUCCUUUUUCAAGGUUGACUGUCUUUGAAUCCUAAUUAGAUUUUUUUUUUUUACUCACAACCCUCAUCUUAUUCUUUGACUUGCUCGUUUUCAUUCCAUUCUCAAAAAUGGUCCUCCUUUUGUUUCUCCUCUGUUCACUAUCUCUCUAAUUCUCUCUCUCUCUCUCUCUCUCUCUCUCUCUCUCUCUCUCUUCAUCCAUCCCUCCCUCCCUUUUUCUCAUUGUCUCCUGAAGUGGCAUAGUGAGCGACUGAGCCAGAGUUACCCAGUAAUGAGACAAACACCUGCAGAUGUCUGAAGAAAAUGAUUUCAUUGGAUAAAGCUAGGGACUGGCAAAGAAAGGGACUGGAGACCAGGACAGAACCGUCUCACUCAUCUGCGUGGUGCUUAAAUCUGCAACAUGAAAGAGAAGGAUAGAAACUUGUACGUGUUAAGAACUCAGCGAGCCAAAUAGAAAUGGAUUGACCCCUACCCACUCCUCACCCAGCAAAAAAGGAUAAGGUGACAAGAACUCUUUAACAACAGACCAAAUCCAUCUGAGACGACACAAUGAAUGCCUCGCAACACCAUGGACUGAUCCAAGGGUACCACAACAGGAACCACAGUUUGGGUUCCUUGCCAAUAAACAAAGAUGGCAAGGAGUCCUCGACUGGAUGUUACGACCAGCUCCUUAUCUCCACUGAGGUUUUCCUCACCCUGGGCAUUGUCAGUCUGCUAGAGAACAUUCUGGUCAUCACCGCCAUAAUAAAGAACAAGAACCUUCACUCCCCCAUGUACCUAUUCAUCUGCAGCCUGGCCGUGGCCGACAUGCUGGUGAGCGUCUCAAAUGCGUCAGAGACCAUUGUCAUUGCAUUGAUCAACGGGGGCAAUGUGACCAUCCCAGGCACAAUGAUCAAGAAUAUGGACAACGUGUUUGAUUCAUUGAUCUGCAGCUCUCUCCUGGCCUCCAUCUGUAGUCUGCUGGCCAUCGCCGUGGACCGCUACAUCACCAUCUUCUACGCGCUCCGCUACCACAACAUCGUGACUGUCCGGCGGGCACUCCUGGUCAUCACAGGCAUCUGGACUUGUUGUACGGCAUCCGGUGUGCUGUUCAUCAUCUACUCCGAGAGCACCAUGGUCCUCAUCUGCCUCAUUACCAUGUUCUUCACCAUGUUGGCUCUCAUGGCUUCUCUCUACGUCCACAUGUUCCUGCUCGCACGCCUGCACAUGAAGAGGAUCGCAGCCCUCCCUGGGAAUGCACCAAUCCGCCAGCGGGCCAACAUGAAAGGUGCCAUCACCCUCACCAUCCUGCUGGGAGUGUUCGUGGUGUGCUGGGCGCCCUUCUUCCUCCACCUCAUCCUGAUGAUCUCCUGCCCACGGAACCCCUACUGCACCUGCUUCAUGUCCCACUUCAACAUGUACCUGAUCCUGAUCAUGUGCAACUCCGUCAUCGACCCUAUCAUCUACGCCUUUCGGAGCCAGGAGAUGAGGAAGACCUUCAAGGAGAUCUUCUGCUUCUGGCAGAACCUGCCGAACCCAUGUGUGUGUGAGCUCCCUGGGAAGUACUGAGCCAGACGGUAACUUGUGAGAAUAUAUCUCCUCGUAGGAGGACAGCUGGUCUUCUCCCAAGCUAGAUUAAACAAGGCAGACAAUGAACUGAUGUUGUUUGAUUGUUAUUUGGAAGGACUAAUCAGACCUUUUUUUUGCCUUAAACAGAAGUGUUCUGUUUCUAAAUGAUGAAUUGGUUAGAAUCUCUCUUCUUGAUUGCGAGAGUCAGGUUGCUGAAGAGGUAGGUUUAUACAGUCUGUAAGAUACAACAUGCUUUCUCCAUGGCUUUUUAAAACACAGGCAUGUUCUCUUGUAAUAACUGCAAUUUGAUAAGCUAACUAGACUUUAUUUAUUUACAUUGCGAGACCAUAAACUGUACAGUAAGUCAUGUAUUGAAAACAUAUUUAUUUUAUGGAUUGUGGUGCCGAAGAUCACAGCUGAUUGUACCUAAACUAGAGUAUUAUUGAGGAAAAACAUUGCACUUAAAUGGCACAAUAUCAUGCAGUAUGUUUCCUAUAUUUUACUUUAACAGACAAAGUACAAUUUACCCAAGACUACCUCCAUGAUGAAAACAGCUGCUGUGUAUUUUGAAUUUGUGUUCCAUAAACAUCUUAUGUUUAAAAAUGUCAAUUUAUUAUUAGAUGUCUAUGGUUGACAGGUGCAUAAUCAAUGGAACAAAAUAUCCUUUCGUUGUGUAUUCUAACUGUUCCAAAAGCCUUGCCUAAAAAUAAAUCCAGUCUUGUCUUGUUUGUAAAAGUUAUAUGUUCAAAGCUCAUUUAAAGCUUGUGAUUUGUGUGAACAUCGCAGAAGACUGGAUUAUCACAUUUACGUUUGAUAUUUUCAUUAUGCAUACAACUUGUGCUCAUAUUUUAGUUGUGUAGCCUACAGUGCACUUGUAUUUUGCCAUCAACAGAAUGUCAUUCUCAAUUGUUUCUUAUUUAUAUAUCUGGAUGGAAAUACUUGUAUGUAUUUUUAUGCAAGGUUGUAUGAGCUGCUUCUUGGUAUCCUUGCCUUAAAUAUGUUGCACUGUGAUGUAAAAUAAGCCACAGUAUUUUCUGUAACAUUGUUACUAUUUGAAUACAAAUUAUGUGUAUAUACUGCCAUAUUUAGCACUGAAAUAUUUGAUGUAUUCUGCUGCUUUUUCAUCAUUGAUGGUAUCAUGUUAAAAGCAUGUUGUACUAUAAUAACCUUAACUGAACUCUUGUUGUAAACUUCACAGUAAUUAUACAGGCACAAUUCAAAUGAAAUGCUUUGCGCAAUGUUUCUACACUUUACAGUAUAAUUUUUUUACAAAAUACAAUAUUAUACUUACAAAAAAAUCAUUGUCAGAGUAGUUGUUUGAAUCAAGGUUUUAAUUUUAGUUAAUAAGAAACCAAAUUUGCUAAAACCACUGUGUGAGCAUACGUUCAUAACAUCAGUUGGCAAUUGUUUAAAGCUCAUUUAGACUUUAACCUUUAGGCAAAGUCAGUUCUGUCAAAGACAAACAUUUCUGUGAAGGUGGUAUCUCCUUCUGAAAAGCAUGCAGAAACCUUCGUUCUGACAAAAUAAAUCAAUGACUGAGCCAUGAUGACUCGGCAGCUAUCACAGACAUCCACUCACACUAAU